CGGCAGAGCUGCUGACAGAUCUCCGGCCAGCGGAGCUGCCCCCGGCUGUGUCACCUCCCCAGGCAGACACCGGCCACCCCCACGCGUUCGGCUGCGCGGUGACUGUGGGGAUUGCAGAUGGGGGUGGGAAGUCAGGGCAGCUUCCAGGGAGCCAGGGAGUGCCUGAAUGUGGGCUGGGACACCUCGCUCGUCCUUCAGAUCCGGCUGAGGAUUCCUCCCUCCUGCUUUUACUUUGCUUUUCAAGGCCAGAGAUCCUGUUACAGUCGCCUUUAUCAGGCCACUUAGGAUCUCCUCAGAGCAGAUAAGGUUUGCCUGGCAAGAUCCCUGUGAUACAGACAGCUGGCUGGUGCUAAUGGCUCUUUAUCAGCUCAUCUCCUCCCAGCUCUCCUAGCCACCCUGCACUUCUGGAGCCUUGCUGGCCUCGAUGGGCACAGCCCUGCCCUUCCUCGGGGGUUCCCCAGCGCCUGCUGAGAGCAGGGCCGUGGGGAGCCGGCAGGGCUCUGCCCACGGCAUCCCUCACCCCACUGAGACGCGUGGGACCAGCCUGUGCUGUGUCGGGGUGUCCCUUGGGGCAGCCCGCGGAGCUGCUGGUUUGUCUGCCGGCGACCUUGCUCACCGGCGGGCAGCCAGAGCGCAGCCUUGGUGCGGCGAGCACGCAGCUCCUUUUCCUUCCUUCAGCCUCAGCUAAUAAAAGGCACCAUCCCUGCGUGACAGCAAGGUCUCUGUCAAGCCCGGCCCCGGUGCACGGCCACGCUCCCCGCAGGGCGCUGAGGCUGCUGGCUCAGCACCUGGUCCGAAGGAUCCCAGGCAGCACGGGCGGGCUGCCCAUUUGAAUAAGAAUCGUGCACGGGGAAGGGGGGCCGCCGGCCUCCGCCGCCAUCCCAUCGCCGCCCUCGCCCCGGCUCAUUUCUGCGCGCCCAGCCUGGGGGGCAGAGGGUCCCGUGCCGCCCUCGCCCCUGACCUUGGCCUCGCUGGACGCCACAGGACACCAGGCAGAGCCCGCGGCUGCCCAUGGAGCUCCUGGUGCUCGCUCUCCUCCUGGCGGGGGUACCGGCGGCGAGGGGCUGGCAGGAGCCAGACCUGAGCCACGGCUGCGCCCGCGGGAGCUGCUACCCGGCCACUGGGAACCUGCUGGUGGGGCGAGCCCCCCGCCUCAGUGCCACCUCCACUUGUGGGCUGGAUGGGCCCCAGGAGUAUUGCAUCGUCAGCCACCUCCAGGACUCGGAGAAAUGCUUCACCUGCGACUCGCGGGACCCGUCCCUGCCCGAGAGCCACCGCAUCGAGAAUGUCAUCUACCUGAGCGGCCCCCACGGCCAGCGGACCUGGUGGCAGUCGGAGAACGGCGUGGAGCACGUCAGCAUUCGCCUGGACCUGGAGGGCGAGUUCCACUUCACCCACCUCAUCAUGAAGUUCAAGACCUUCCGCCCCGCGGCCAUGCUGGUGGAGCGCUCGGCUGACUUUGGGCAGAGCUGGAAGGUCUACCGCUACUUUGCCUACAACUGCUCCAAGCUCUUCCCCGGUGUCCCCAGCCAGCCCUCAGGACUGGUGGAUGAGGUGCUGUGCGACCAGCGCUACUCGGAGAUCGAGCCCUCCAGCCAUGGGGAGGUCAUCUUCAAGGUGCUGGACCCCUCCAUCCCUGUGGCGGAUCCCUACAGCCCGGACAUCCAGGACCUGCUGCGGGUCACCAACCUGCGGGUGAACCUCACCAAGCUGCACACGCUGGGGGACAACCUGCUGGACACGCGGCGGGAGGUGCUGCACAAGUACUAUUACGCUGUGGAUGAGCUGGUGCUGCGCGGGAGCUGCUUCUGCCACGGCCACGCUGCCCACUGUGCCCCAGCACCCGGCGCCCCAGCAUCCUCCAUCCCCGGCAUGAUCCACGGGCGCUGCGUCUGCGAGCACCACACGCAGGGGUUGAACUGUGAGCGCUGCGAGGAUUUCUACCACGACUUGCCCUGGCGCCCGGCCGAGGGCUCCAGCACCAACGCCUGCCGCCGCUGCGACUGCAACGAGCACUCGCGGCGGUGCCACUUCGACAUGGCCGUCUUCCUGGCCACGGGGAACGCCAGCGGGGCCGUGUGCGACGGCUGCCAGCACAACACCAUGGGCCGCCGCUGCCACCUCUGCAAGCCCUUCUACUACCGGCACCCCCGCUCCGACAUCCGCGCCCCCACCGCCUGCGCCCCGUGUGACUGCGACCCGGCGGGUUCGCUGGACGGAGGCGCCUGCGACGGGCACACGGAUGUGGCACUGGGCAUGAUCGCGGGGCAGUGCCGCUGCAAGGAGAACGUGGCCGGUCCCCGCUGCGACCGCUGCCGGCACGGCGCCUACGGCCUCAGCCACAGCGACCCGCAGGGCUGCCAGCCAUGCAGGUGUGACCCACGGGGCACGGUGGCAGGCAGCUCCCCCUGCGACCCCAUCAGCGGGGACUGCUACUGCAAACGCUUCGUGGCCGGGCGCUCGUGCAGCCAGUGCGUGGCUGAGUUCUGGGGCCUGAGCUACGACGUGGGGGGCUGCCGGCCCUGUGCCUGUGAUUUCGGAGGAGCCUACAACAACCGGUGCUCCAUGGAGGACGGGGCUUGUCCCUGCCGUCCCCACCUCAUGGGGCGGCAGUGCGACCAGGUACAGCCCGGCUUCUUCUGCGCCCCCCUCGACUACUACACCUAUGAGGCCGAGCGGGCCACCGGCCACGGCCACGGCCACCCUCAGCUCCCGGGUGCCAUCCGGGCAGAGGUGCCCCAGGACUGCCUGGAGUAUGACACCGGGGAGCCGGGGGGGCGGAAGGGGCGCCCGCGGCAGCAGCGCAGCCCCCCCCGUGCCCCUCAGCCUCGCGUUCCCUCGCGCCGCAGCCGCCAGCAGCCCCCCAAGCCGGACGUGGAGGAGGUGGUGCGGGACGGCACCGGGCGCAUGGUGACGUGGACAGGCUCGGGGUUCGCCCGGGUGCGGGACGGGGCUGGCCUGACCUUCCGCGUGGAUGACGUGCCCUACCCCAUGGACUACGAGCUGCUGCUGCGCUACGAGCCCGAGUCGGCCGAGGACUGGGAGGCUGUGGUCAGUGUCAGAUCCCGGGCGCUGCCCACCAGCCCUCGCUGCGGAAACCUGCUGCCCUCCGAGCAGAUGUACCGCGAGAGCCUGCCCCACAGCCAGAGGUACGUCCUGCUGUCCCGGCCCUUCUGCUUCGAGCCCAGCACCCCCUACGAGGUGACCAUGCGGCUUCAACGGGCCGGUGUCACCCAGCGCCACCCAAGCGCCUUCAUCCUCAUCGACUCGUUGGUGCUCCUGCCACGGGUGUCGGAGUUGCCGGGCUUCCAUGGGGCGGAGGCAGCGGUGCGCCGGGAGGAGCUGGAGCGGUACCGGUGCCUGGAGGCAUUCCGCAUGGCCCCCCCACCCCAAUUAGCCCAGGCCUGCGCCCGACUGGUCUGCAGCGUCUCGGCUCUGCUGCACGACGGGGCACUGUCCUGCCAGUGCGACCCGCAGGGCUCCCGCAGCAGCGAGUGCCAGGCGCAGGGAGGGCAGUGCGAGUGCAAGCCCCACGUGCUCGGCCGGCGCUGUGACCGCUGCGCCCCAGGCAGCUACGGCUUCGGACCCCUGGGCUGCAGCCCCUGCGCCUGCUCCCCGGAGGGCUCAGUGUCACAGCUGUGCGACGCGGUGAGCGGGCAGUGCCGGUGCCAGCCCGGCGCCGUGGGCCGGCAGUGCGACCAGUGCCAGCCCGGCCACUGGGGCUUCCCUGCUUGCCGGCCCUGCCAGUGCAACGGCCACGCCGAGGACUGCGACCCCCGGACGGGCAGCUGCCUGCGCUGCCGCGACCACACCGCCGGCCGGCACUGCGAGAGGUGCCAGGACGGUUACUACGGGGACCCAGUGCUGGGCUCGGGGCAGCAGUGCCGGCCCUGCCCCUGCCCCGGCUACCCCGGCACACGGCACUACCACGGGAGCUCUUGCCACGCCGACGAGGAGACCCACCACAUCGUCUGCCUCUGCGCGCCCGGAUACGCCGGGCCCCGCUGCGACCGCUGCUCCCCUGGCUACUUUGGGGUGCCGGAGAUGGAGGGGGGAGUGUGCCGGCCCUGCCAGUGCAACAAUAACAUCGACGCCAGCGACCCGGGGGCCUGUGACCCCCACACGGGUCACUGCCUGCGCUGCCUGUACCACACCGCCGGGCCCCACUGUGCCCACUGCCAGCCCGGCUACUACGGCAAUGCCCUGCAGCGCAGCUGCCGGCGCUGCGGCUGCGACCCACGGGGAACCCUGGCCUCCCACUGCACCGCCGGCGCCUGCGCCUGCGACCGCGGCACGGGCGCCUGCGCCUGCCGGCCCAAUGUGGUGGGCAAGACCUGCGACCGCUGCGCACCCCACUUCUGGAGCCUGGGGGGGCCAGGAGGCUGUGAGCCCUGUGGCUGCCACCCCACACGUGCCCUGCACCCCGCCUGCGAUGUGAUGACAGGGCAGUGCCAGUGCCGGCCCGGCUUUGGGGGCCGUGUCUGCUCCCAGUGCCAGGAGCAUCACUGGGGAGACCCCGAGCGGGAGUGUCGAGCCUGCGAGUGCGAGCCGCUGGGCGCCGAGAGCCCGCAGUGCGAGCAGGCCAGUGGGCAGUGCCGCUGCCGGCCGGGCUUCGGGGGGCUGCGCUGUGACCGCUGCCAGCGGGGCUACCAGGAGGCCUUCCCCCGCUGCUCGCCCUGCCACCCCUGCUUUGGGCGCUGGGACCCGGCCCUGGGCAGCCUGCGGGACGGGCUGCGGCGCUUGGGGACGCAGGCGCGCGCGCUGCGGGAGGGGGGGUCCGUGCCCCUGCUCAGCCCCCGCCGCCUGCGGGCGCUGGAGGAGGCCCUGGGGCACGUGGAGCGGCUGCUGGGCGAGGGGGGCAGCCCCGGUGGCCCCCUCCUCGACGGGCUGCCCAGACGGCUGGAUGGCACCAGGAUGGAGCUGGAUGACUUCUGGAAGCAGCUUCAGGAGCUGGAGCAACAUCUAGAUCAGCUGGCACAGGCAGAUGUGCGGCACCGCGACCGGCUAGCCGCGCUGAGCCAUGAGCUGGGGGGUCUCAACCGAACCACCUCCCACCUCCAAAUCCUUCUGGGCACUGUAGCGGCAGCUGGAUUCGGCGAGUCUUACCGCAGCCUCCUGGAGUCGGCGGAGGACUCGCGGCAGGCGGAGGCGGUGGCCAACGGCGCAGCCGGUGAGCUGAACAGGGCACGGGCAACGCGGCGGGCAGCAGAGCGAGCGCUGCGGCAGCAGGGUGACGCUUUCCGCCGCGGUACGGCCGCGGCACGGAAAUCCUUGCGGGAGGCGCAGAAACGGGUGAUGGGACUCAGCAUUGCCAGGAUCAAUAAGAAGAUUUGUGGGGCGCCCGGGGACCGGAGCUGCGAGCAAGCGCCUUGCGGAGGAGCCUUGUGCCGGGACGGCGCGGGGACACGGCGCUGCGGUGGCACGGGCUGCGCGGGGGCACUGCCUGUCUCGGCUCGAGCCCUGAGCAGCGCCCGUAACGCCUCGCAGCAGCUGGAGGUGGCACUGGGGCAGCUGGGUGUUGUGGCACAGAAGACACAGGAGGUGCAGGAGCUGGCACGGGGGGCACGGAGCCGGGCAGAGGAAGCGCUGGGGCGUUCGCAGGCCGCCCGCAGCCGCGCCGAGAAGGCAACGGCCCAGCUGCGGGACUUCAUCCGCCGGAUCAAGGCCUUCCUGGCAGAGGAGGGAGCCGACCCGGGCAGCAUCGAGCUGGUGGCACGGCAGGUGCUGAACAUCUCCCUGCCCAGCAGCCCCGGCCGGAUCCAGGAGCUGCUGCGGGAGAUGCGGGAAAGCAUCGGCCAGCUGGAGGGGGUGGACGCGGUGCUCAACAGCACGGUGCAGGGGCUGGCAGCGGCACGGGGGCUGCUGGCGCAGGGACAGGAUGCCAGGGAGCGAGCGGAGGGCGUGAGGGAUGAGCUCGUGGGGACCCAGCGGGCGCUGGAGGCGGCACGGGCACAAGCGACAGCAGCGGGGAGUGCCCUGCGGAGCGCCAGGGAUGCCAUCCGGGUGGCUGAGAGCAGAGCCAAGGAGGCGGAGCGCAGGCUGCAGGCGCUGGAGGGGAAGGAGUCGCGGGCGCAGCGGCGGCUGCGGGAGCUGGCGCAGCGCGUCGCCGCCCUGCAGGAGCGGGGCCGGGAUGCCCGCCGCGUGGCCCAGCAAGCCAAGGACGGGGCGCGGCAUGCCACCGCCACCUCGGGGACGCUCAGCCAGGACCUGGCGCAGGUGACGCAGCGCUACGUAGUGCUGAAGGGCCGGGUGACCGGGCUGGCCGGGGUGUCCGGCGGGGCCCUGCAGCGUGUGACACGGCUGACAGCGGAGGCCAGGGACCUCCUGGACAAGGCCAGCAGCAGCAAGAGGAAGCUGGAAGAGCUGGAGCAGCACUUCGGGGACAACGAGCGGGCGAUGGCGGCGAAGGCGACGCGGCUGCAGGCGUUGGAGCAGCGCGUCUGGGGGCUGCUGGAGGAGAUCCGGGAGAGGGCCAACGCUUACGCCACCUGCUAGGGACCGGCGGCGGGGCCGGGGGAGGGGGGGGGCUCGGGUCCGCUCCUGCCCCGCAGCCCGGGGGUCCCGUCCCCUCCGCGGGCACUUGUAGCGCGGCGUCGUCCCUAAAUAAAGCCAUGAAGAGCGGC